GCCCCGCCCCAUGACAGCGCGGGGUCACCAACAGGGAACAGCAGCAGGCCACGCCCCCCGCAGUGCCCUGCGUCUCACGUCGCGGACGGUGUUCGCGCGGUGUGUUCACGUCACCAGUUCACGUGCGGUCGCUUCAUGUCGUCACCGCGUCGGCGCAGCCCCUACCUGGGCCCGAGAGCCAGGAGCCAGGCGCGCAGCCAAGGAGCCGCCCGGCCGGGCUGAGCGGGGCCGCGCACCGGCGGGGGAGGGGCUGCAGCCAGGGGGCGGCCAGUCCGCAGGCGGCGCCCGGCGCGGAGCGGGAUGGCCCCGCGGCUGCAGCUGGAGAAGGCGGCCUGGCGCUGGACCGAGAGCGUGCCGCCCGAGGAGGUGACGCAGGAGCAUAUCGAGGCGGCCUAUCGCAUUGGGCUGGAGCCCUGCCAGCGCGGCGUGUGCAGAAGAAACUGCAGAGGAAACCCAAACUGUUUGGUUGGGAUUGGUGAACAUGUUUGGCUAGGAGAAAUUGAUGAAAAUAGCUUUCACAACAUUGAUGACCCAAACUCUGAACGGAGGAAAAAGAACGCCUUUGUAGGCCUAACAAACCUUGGAGCCACAUGCUACGUGAACACUUUCUUGCAGAUGUGGUUUCUUAACUUGGAACUUCGGCAGGCCCUUUACUUGUGUCCAAGCACCUGCAGUGAAUAUGUGACUGGUCAAGGCAUCCCAAAAGACAGAGAUUAUGAACCCCAGACAAUUUGUGAACAUCUUCAGUACUUGUUUGCGUUGUUACAGAACAGUAAUAGACGAUACAUUGAUCCCUCCGGGUUUGUUAAAGCGCUAGGUUUGGAUACAGGACAACAACAGGAUGCCCAGGAAUUUUCAAAGCUAUUCAUGUCACUACUAGAGGAUACUUUGUCUAAACAAAAAAAUCCAGAUGUACGGAACAUUGUUCAAAAGCAGUUUUGUGGAGAGUAUGCAUAUGUCACUGUCUGUAACCAGUGUGGCAGGGAGUCCAAACUCAUAUCGAAAUUUUAUGAACUGGAGUUAAAUAUCCAAGGGCACAAGCAGUUGACAGACUGUAUCACAGAAUUUCUUAAGGAAGAAAAGUUAGAAGGGGACAAUCGUUACUUUUGUGAAACUUGUCAGAGUAAACAAAAUGCAACAAGGAAGAUCAGGCUGCUUAGUCUUCCAUGUACACUCAACUUGCAGCUGAUGCGUUUUGUGUUUGACAGACAAACUGGCCAUAAGAAAAAGUUGAAUACUUACAUUGGCUUUUCUGAAUUGCUUGAUAUGGAACCUUUUAUGGAACAAAAAGAUGGUGUCUAUAUAUAUGAACUUAGUGCAGUUCUUAUACACAGGGGAGUGAGUGCAUACUCUGGUCACUACAUUGCUCAUGUGAAAGACCCACAGACUGGUGAAUGGUACAAGUUUAAUGAUGAAGACAUAGAAAAGAUGGAGGGGAAGAAAUUGCAACUAGGGAUUGAGGAAGAUCUAGCAGAGCCUUCUAAGUCUCAGACUCGUAAACCCAAGUGUGGGAAAGGAACUCACUGCUCUCGAAAUGCUUACAUGUUGGUGUAUCGACUGCAAACACGGGAAAAAUCUCUAACAGCAGAAAUCCCAACUUUUCUGCAGGAGCUCGUCGAACGGGAUAACUGCAAGUUUGAAGAGUGGUGUAACGAAAUGGCAGAUAUGCGUAAACAAAGCGUGGUCAGAGGCAAAAUCAAACAUGAAGAGGUGAAGGAGCUCUACCAAAGGUUGCCUGCUGAAGCUGGAUGCCCGUAUGAGUUUGUCUCUCUUGAAUGGUUACAGAAAUGGCUGGAUGAAUCUGCCCCUCCCAAACCCAUAGAUAACACUGCAUGCUUGUGUUCACAUGGCAAAUUGCACCCUGAUAAAAUAUCAAUUAUGAAGAGAAUAUCUGAGUAUGUUGCUGACUACUUCUACAGGAGAUACGGAGGGGGGCCCAGACUAAAUGUUAAAGCACUUUGCAAGGACUGUGUGGUAGAGAGAUGUCGAAUACUACGACUGAAAAACCAAUUAAACGAAGACUAUAAAACUGUCACAAACUUGCUGAAAAUUACAGUAAAGGGUAAUGAUGGAUUUUGGGUUGGAAAGUCAUCCUUGCGGAGUUGGCGUCAGCUGGCUCUGGAACAGUUAAAUGAACAAGAUGAUGAUGCAGACCAGAAUAAUGGAAAAAUGAAUGGAGAUGCACAAAACAAAGAUGAGUCCAAUGAAGAAAAGAGGGAGGAGGAAGAGGAGUUAAAUUUUAAUGAAGACCUUGUUUGCCCACAUGGUGACCUAUGCAUAUCAGAAAAUGAAAGGAGGGUUGUUUCUAAAGAAGCCUGGAAAAAGCUCAAGCAGUAUUUUCCAAAGGCCCCAGAAUUUCCAAAUAGCAAAGAAUGCUGUUCCCAGUGCAAGAUUCUGGAAAGAGAAGGAGAGGAAAAUGAAGCCCUGCAUAAGAUGAUGGCAAGUGAGCAGAAGACUGCUCUGCAGAACCUGUUCCAAGACAAAUCCAGACCAUGUCUUGGUAGCUGGCCUCAGGAGACAGAUGAGCUCUACAUUGUAUCACAGUUUUUUGUAGAAGAAUGGAGGAAAUUUGUAAGGAGGCCUACAAGAUGCAGUCCUGUAUCAUCAGUAGGAAACAGUGCUCUUCUCUGCCCACAUGGGGGCCUCAUGUUCACAUUUGCUUCCAUGACCAAAGAAGACUCUAAACUUAUAGCUCUAAUAUGGCCCAGUGAGUGGGAGGCAAUACAAAAACUGUUUGUUGUGGAUCACGUUAUCAAAAUCCUCAGAAUGCAAACUGCUGAGACGAGCCCUGAGAGCACGCUUUUCGAUUCUGAGCCCAAGCUGUGUCCAGAAUGCAGAGAAGGAUUGUUGUGCCAGCAGCAGAGGGACCUGCGUGAGUACACCCAGGCCACCAUCUAUGUACAUAAAGUGGUGGAUAAUAAAAAGGUAAUGAAGGAAGCUGCUCCAGAACUGAAUGUGAGCAGUUCAGAAGCUGAAGAGGAAAGGGAGGAAGCCAAACCAGAAGGGGAACAGGAUCCAGAUUUUAAUCAGACUAAUGGUGGUGCGAAACGACAGAAGAUAUCCCACCAGAACUACAUUGUUUAUCAAAAGCAAGGCAUCAGACGGAGCACGCGACACAGAAAAGUCAGAGGGGAAAAGGCACUACUUGUUUCUGCCAACCAGACAUUGAAAGAGCUGAAAAUACAGAUCAUGCACGCAUUUUCAGUUGCUCCGUUUGACCAGAAUUUGUCAAUCGAUGGGAAGAUACUAAAUGAUGACACUGCAACACUUGGCGCCCUUGGAGUCAUUCCAGAGUCAGUCAUUUUAUUGAAGGCUGAUGAACCAAUUGCAGAUUAUGCAGCAAUGGAUGAUGUUAUGCAAGUUUGUAUGCCUGAAGAAGGAUUUAAAGGGACUGGUCUUCUUGGACACUAAUGUUUUUUUAUAACCUCUGGCAGCAGAGAAAUGACCAGAAAGGAAGAGGAUUUUGACAUGGUAGGGCAUUAAAGCAAAGGUGGAUAUAGGACUAAACAGUUGCUUGACUCUUCCAGAAGGCAGAAACCCAUUCUGAAAUGACUGCCCCAAAUGCCUUAUGUCAAAGCAGAUUGCACUGAAGGGACAUCCUGACUUCAAGAGAGCGAUUCAGAUUUUAUAUUUAAUAAAACAGAAGUAAAAGUAUAGUAGCAGUAACAAUAUAUCAUGUUUACAGACAGAAAUUUCUAGCUGAGGAAGGGAGAGGCAUUCUAUUGUUUCCUUGCUCUGAUUUCAUACCACAGUCAUCUGUCCAUAAAGAAAUAGUAUUACAGUAGAUCAAAAACAUCUUGAUCUGUCCUAAAGUAAUUCUUUAGAGAUAAACCUGCUUACAGAUAUCCUGUCUUUGAUCCACUCUUACUCAUUCAGUACAGCAUGGAAGUGAAGAAUUUGUUAAUUGUGAAGAAUGACUAGCUUUUUCAGACUUCAUAUAUGUACCCCAAAAUGUAAACUGAUGGAAGGCUUUCACAGGCAAGACAAUGGCUCUUCAACACAGAGAUAAGGGGGAUAAGGAGCUGCCUUCUCUGCUGUCUCUGGAGGCUCUAUCACACACCCAUCCUUUUGCAGUUUCACUUUCAAAUAUGAAGAUGAUCCUAACUUUAAUAAUCACAUGGUCUUUCUCUGUGAAAUGUGUUUUUAGAAAUGUUGGAUAUUUUAACAACUUUUGAUAACAUCUUCUCCAGUAUGCUACUGCCAAGAGCCAGAAAUCCAUUUCCACUCCACUGAUCAAUUCAGGAAUGUUGAAUUAAUCUUCACUAGAACAUCAGAAUCAGAUACUGAAGGGGGUGAGGUGUCAUACUUGGGGCACAUUUUUCAUGUGAAGAGAUUUUUCCUUUUGUUUUCAGGAAUGCGCUAAUUUUUCUUUUACCAUCUGUAAUUCCCAGAGAGGAUCUCUUCCUGACCCUAUUAAAUAUUAGCUGGAAAUAGCUUACCACUAAAAUAUUUAAAAGGACACUGUCAAGGUAUCUUUAUUAUUAAAGUUAAAUAUUUCCUGGUAGCUUCAUGCUCAACUGUGCUCCCUUAGCAAAAUAGCCUCUUGCUGAGUUUGGGCUUCGGCAGUGUUUUAUUAUUGUUUUUAAAUUGGCUGUUUAGAGCAGAACUACUGUAUUUAACAAUCCCAUGAGCAUUGCAGGCAGAUUUAAGGGGUCGGGUGUGGAGGGUAUAUAAAAACAUGGGCCCAGUAACCUUGAUAGUGUUCUUUUUAACAUUUACCUUUUAUCAGAAUAGUUAUAGCUCUCCUUCAUAAAAUGAUUUAACCUUUGUUCUUUUUCUCUAUACUGUUUUAAUCCAUCUUUUUCCUCCCUCCCUCCGAAACCAUUUAGGGAAGGUGGUAGGGAAUUCAGGCAGCAGGUCUGGACCAGUGAGAGUGGCAAAACAAUUGAUAUAAAAUAUCCUAUUUGGAGCAGUUGCCAAGCCAUAAAUAAUGGCUUGGAAAUGAUUCAGAAAAGGGGACUUAAAACUGAGAUUAUUUCUAAUGUAUCUUGAUUUUGUACUUCAAGAUACAGGGUUUGGAUCCAAUAAAAGGGCUGGAUCUUAGAGAGAUGAAACAGUGCAGCUGAGCAAUUUAUUCUUUCCCAAGGUAAAGACUUCAGUAAAAGUUCAAUAUGCUAUUGUUAGUGCUUGAUUAAGCAACUCUACUUCCCUUGAAAACAGGCAUGUUUGCCUGAAAGAGAUUUUAUUCUUCUUUUUAGACUGAAGCACUCACUCUUGUACAUAGCCCCUGGAAAUUUGAUAUUUUUUUCAAUUUGCUGGUUUUUGGGGGGAGGGGGGCGGGAGGCCGUUUUGUUUUUUAUUUUUGUUUUUUUGUUACUAGAGUCUCUUCCUUGAGAUUACAAUGUUCCAAAACUAAGUCUCUUAAACUUCACAGGGAAGAACUGUAAACCAUGAUGUAUAAGUAGACACAAUUACAGAGGUAAUGUAUAGAUGUACCUAAUGGCCUUGGUAUUGCUGUUUCUUACAGCUGUGCAGGGGAAACAGGUACAAGAUGUGAUCAAAGGCACAUUAACCGUUUUGUCUGUAUUUGCAAACAUAUUGGACUAAAAUUGUCAUUUGAGCUGUUGAAGCCUUAUUAAAGUGCAUACACAUGGUCUAUCUUCUCGUAUUUUAAUGUAUUGCAUAAAGCAUUUUUUUACAUUGA